GGCUAGGCUAGGCAAACCGAGGCUCGUCGCUCGCGCGUUACGUUCAGUGUUCCUUCGCGCUUCGGCCAAAGACUUGUUGUUGUACCGCCUCGUGUCACGCGAUUCGUUUAUUCUGUUUCCCAUCGGGUGGCUGGAGGUCCCGUUUGGGAAAACGGAGAAAGCAUCCCGCGAGAGAGAGAGUUUGGUUCGAGGGGAAAAAAGAGCACGCGAAAACCACGAAGCGUUCGCAAAGCGUAAUCGGCCACCAUUAGCGGCAGCGGGAGCUUCCUGAAUUUCCCGCGGCCGAGGGACCCUCGAGGACCUGCGCGCGUCUCUAGUCUAACGCGCUCGAUUUUCGAUUCGAUAUCGAAACGCGGGAGUCGUGUGCCUAUUGGACGCUAAAAAUCUGUGUGGCGCUGUCGGUGCGUGCGAAGUAUAAUCGAUUCCUCGAUCGGCCGGGCAAGAACGGUUACUGGUUGUUGUGGAACCGCCAUUACCGGAUCGAAGACGAAACUUUUUUUUCAACGAGACGCGAGGACAGAUAGGUGCGUCGGUUGUGCAUGUACACGCACUAGAGAAUCGAAGAAGUAACCGUGGAUGUAGUAUAUCGUGCACGACGCAAGUUAGCAACGGUCGAACGUUUCGUUUUGUUUUAUUUUCCUUCUUUCUCCGCUGUUUCGGUGGCGUGUCGCGAAGGUGGUCGAUGGUUAUCAUCGUGCGUGCACGUUCGUACAAAAAGUUGUUUACAUUUUUUGGUGACUCGAGAGAAGUGCAACACGACGAUCGCCCAAGUGGUGAGACAGACAGCAACGAAGGGGAGACUAGGAUACGUGGAACUGUCGUUAUAGAGUUAGCGGUGAAGAAAAAUUCGGUGUUCGGGAAUACAGCCAAAUCGACUGUGCACUUUACCUUACCGUGUACACAUCGGAUAUAUUCAAUCGUCGCGAUCAGAGGAACUGGAGUAACGCGUAGAAUCCACGAGAGAGAAAGUGUCUGCUGAGCAGAACAAGAAGGAGGCGAAAAGUGGGGACGUUUGGGAGGUGAUUUUGGAUGUUAGAAAGCGCGGGGGUGGCUAGAGAGGCCCCACCGCAGGGUACGGGUCCCGAUGCCGGUCCCCGUAUCGCAAACCCUCACGCUGACCUCCACCCUCGUGCCCAAGGAGGAGUCAAACAUGCCCUUCAUAGACGACGAGCUACUUUGGUGCCCUGACAAUGACGGCAAAAUGGUCGACUUGACGCAGUGUCUUCAGGAAAGCAGCACAGGGCAGUCGGUAGAAUUUUCCCCGAUGGAAUUGAAUGCCCUGGUCGGGACGCCAGCCGCGCCAAACAUGCCGACGGAAGAGGGCGAAGGAAUGGCCGGUGUCACUGGGGAGGAACCCUUUGACACGCUUGACACGUUCUUAAGAGAACUGCAAGCGGAUUUGGUCGAAGCCAGUCAGCCCACGUCGACAACAACUUCCGUAACCUCCUCCUGCAGACGGCAAAGGUACAACAUCGCGGCCGCCAAUCCUUUGUUAGCAGAAAAAUUAGCAGCCCCUUCGUCGCAAGCCUCGCCAACCUCCAUCCCCUAUGCAACGAGGGCGGAAAUCAAGACGGAAAGUAUUCAGCCUGAAAUGAGCAAAGUGGACACCAGGGAGGUCCAACCGCACGAUGCGAGCGAGAAGGAGCAAUUAGGCUUGGCGAGCGUUAAGGUAGAGCCAGGAUCGACCGGGACGACGACGACGACCUCCACGGGGACUCGUCUGUUGCACGGUAUUCUCUCACAGCACCCCCAGCAGCACAAUUUAGGGGUGCAGAAUGGAUAUGGGCGCCACUUGGCUGGCCAUGCUCAGAUGGGCCAACCGCCCUACACCACUGCCACUAUCGCCACCACGAGUACGCCAGGAAGCGGAUCACUGCCAGCGAGUCCCGCGGACAGCGGAGUCAGCGACGUCGAGUCCAGCACGUCCUCGGGCGGUAACGAGGACGCGAAUCUCUUACUGAAGGCCAGGCUAAACCCUAACACGUCCCUCCAACCGAGUCUGGCGUCUCAUCAUUCUCAUCUGUCGUCAGCAGCACUCGGCAGGUCAGCCUGUCACAGUCCUGGCGUUUAUCCGUCGACGGCGGGCUUCCUGCCGCCCUCCUAUCAUCCCCAUCAACAUCAUCCCUCCCAGUACCAUCCGCACAGAGGGAGCUCGCCUCACCAUCAACACGGGAACCACGCGAUGGGCCCGACGAUGGGACCGCCUCACCAUCACCACCACCAUCAAACGCAGAGUCUCCAACACCUACAUUACCGUCAGCCUCCUACACUGUCCGAGAGCUACAGCAGUUACGUGAACUCAAUGUACGCUAGCGGAGGCCAAUUCGCGACCCCUUGCACACCGAGUCCCCCAAGAGGUCACGGUGGCGUCCCGACGAGCGUGAUCCAAGCAGCCACCAGCUCGGUUUCCGACGAUCUGUACCUUCUGGAGUUGGGCUUCCCUCCACGGUCGAAGAAGAACAAGUUGAAGAAACCGCGUCAAGGGGACGGCGCAGCGGUGAAGAGGAAAUCUCGGGAGGGCUCGACCACGUACCUGUGGGAGUUCCUGUUGAAAUUACUGCAAGACCGAGAUUACUGCCCACGAUACAUCAAGUGGACGAAUCGCGAACGAGGCGUCUUCAAGCUCGUCGACAGCAAGGCGGUGUCUCGCUUGUGGGGUCUGCAUAAAAACAAGCCAGACAUGAAUUACGAGACCAUGGGCCGUGCCCUGCGUUACUAUUACCAACGUGGCAUUCUGGCGAAAGUCGACGGACAGAGGCUGGUCUAUCAGUUCGUGGACGUGCCGAAGGAUAUCAUAGAAAUCGAUUGUACCGGCGCGUGAGAUAGGGCUCGACCCACAAGGGAACAGCACGAGGGAGCACAAGCUGUACGGGAAAAGAGUCGUUCGCGUAUUCACACCGCGAUCGUUUGCAAGAUGACACCGUCGAGCAUCUCUUCCUACCACGAUUUGCCAACUUGGCACACCCCUCAGACGAUCUAAAAACCAUACGCCCUCUCUCUGACUUCGUUUGUUCCUUGUAUUAUAUAUGUAUACCUAUAGAGAUGUAUAUUAACGAAGUGCGCGCGAGUACGGACGCUGCCGCGAGAGGAUGAAUGUUUUAUCGACGCGUCGAGUUGCGCCAAACGGUAUACGAAGCACGUGUACCGUAACAGAAAUUUCGUCCUCCUUUGGUCUUUCUUUCUUUUUUUUUUGUUUUUUUUUUUUUUGUUACUUUUUGACAAUCGAUACGUCGAUGGUAAUCGUACUAAGCUUUACAACGUUUAUAUAUAUAGAGAAGUAUAUAUACAUGUGUAAGUAUAUAUAUAUGCGUUGAGCUCGUUCAAAUUUGUACAAAAUUUAGUUCUUAAAUGAUAAAAAAGGAUGAUGCUACGGCACAAAGUGUUAUUAAAUGUAUUUUAAUCAAGAGAGAAAAAGAUGAAUCUAGUAUGGACAAAUUUACUUAAACGUAAAGUAUAGUCGGGAAGUAUAGGCGAACAAUUGUACAUUCGAGAGCGCGAUAAAUUAUUUAUUGUAUAUUAGACGAUUAUAUAUGUUACCUAGAAAAGAAAAGAAGAAAAUUGUUAUAUAACGUGUCGACGAAUGGGAAAUAUGAGAAAAAGAGGAAGAAACGAGACACACAACACGUACACACACGCAACGUGGAAAGAUCUUUUUUUUUUAAAAAGGUGAAAAGAAAAAAAAUAUAAUGAAACGAAAUGAGGGCUGUGAAAAGA